CAGACGCACACACUGAAGCUGCAGGCCUAGAGCCAAAUCAAAAUCCAAUCCAUUUCUCUUCCCCAAAUAGGGACUCAUGACUGUGAAUAAAUGCAACGAGAUUGUGCCGGCUGAGGGUGGAUGAACUGCACCGUCUGGUGUGCUGCUUGCAUCCUUUGUGUAGGGUCGUCUGCGGCAUCGGAGCGGUCCAAUGACAAUUGUCCAUGCUCAUUAACGUUCUUCGCAGGCCCCGAGCUUCGCGACCUACAACUAUUCCUUGCAGGCAUCGGCAUGUCAUCCAUCGACAAAGCCUACCGUUCUCCAUCUCUGCUGCCUUGAUCAUGUCACACAUCCCGUCCGCUGCAAGACAUGCUCUGCGGACCUGUUCGCGGUCCGCUGCUUCGUCGCCAUGUCUUUCUCGCACUGCGCGUCUAGCCGCCACCCAUGCCUCGACAAGUCGCCAUCGGUCUUGCAGGACGUAUGUUUCCCAUACGAAUCCGCUCGAGGCUACAGUCAAUGUUGAAACCGCCAUCAAAGCGGACCAGAAGAAGUUUAUGCAGCAGUCGGGUCUUGCUCCCAGUGAUGCCCAGGUCCCUGCCGCACAGUCGCUCGACGCUGGUGCGAUGAUGAGUCCCGUCGCCGGCAUGCUCAAACAAGCAACUAUAAUGGACGAAGGAACGAGGCCGAUCUAUCUGGACAUGCAAGCUACCACCCCGAUGGACCCUCGAGUUCUCGACGCAAUGCUUCCCUUCAUGACGGGUUUAUACGGCAACCCUCACAGCCGCACUCACGCAUAUGGCUGGGAAACCGAAAAGGCAGUCGAAGCUGCGCGCAAAAACAUCGCCGACCUCAUAGGUGCCGAUCCGAAAGAGAUCAUCUUCACCAGCGGUGCGACUGAAAGCAACAACAUGAGUAUCAAAGGCGUUGCUCGCUUCUUCAAAAAGGGUGGCAAGAAGAACCACAUCAUAACAUGUCAGACGGAACACAAGUGCGUUCUCGAUUCGUGCAGGCACCUUCAGGAUGAGGGCUUCGAGGUCACGUAUCUGCCUGUACAAGAGAGCGGUCUGAUCGACAUGGAACAGCUCAAGGCCGCUAUCCGCCCUGAAACAGCACUAGUUAGCAUAAUGACGGUCAACAAUGAAAUUGGCGUGGUGCAACCAGUAGCAGAGAUUGGAAAGCUAUGCCGGUCGAAGAAGGUUUUUUUCCACACCGACGCGGCGCAGGCCGUUGGAAAAAUCCCAAUCAACGUUAAUGAGAUGAACAUUGACCUAAUGUCCAUAUCCGGCCACAAGAUAUACGGACCAAAAGGUGUUGGUGCAUGUUACGUUCGGAGACGGCCUAGGGUUAGACUCGACCCGAUCAUCAGUGGUGGUGGCCAAGAGCGCGGUCUGAGAAGCGGGACGCUCUCCCCACCACUCGCCAUCGGUAUGGGUGAGGCUGCAAGGAUUUGCAAAGAGGAAAUGGAGUAUGAUAGCAAGUGGAUUGCACAUCUCUCCAACAAGCUCAAGACUGGUCUCCUCCAGCUUGGGCAUACACAUCUGAAUGGCGACGCGUUACAUCACUACCCAGGAUGUGUCAACAUUUCGUUCGCCUACGUGGAAGGCGAAUCGUUGCUCAUGGCUCUCAAGGACAUUGCUCUUUCAUCAGGCAGCGCAUGCACGUCGGCUUCACUCGAGCCGUCGUAUGUUCUCCGUGCUCUAGGCAACAGUGAUGAGAGUGCACACAGCAGCAUUAGAUUUGGCAUUGGUAGGUUUACAACCGAGGAAGAAGUUGACUACGUGAUCAAGGCUGUCAGCGAGAGGGUGGACUUCUUAAGAGAGCUUAGCCCCUUGUGGGAAAUGGUGCAGGAGGGUAUUGACUUGAAUUCGAUUCAAUGGAGCCAGCAUUGAGCCGGCUUGUGUUUCGUCGUCUUGCGCGCCGGGCUACGCUGCGCUCCCAACCUUUCUCUCGCUAUGCAUCCAGCAUGACUUCGACAUUUUCAGUGCGUUCUCGCGGAUGCAAAGAAAAUGCACUGUUUUGUAAACAUGGGAAUUUUUUGGCUGUGGACGUUCAAGGAUUUAUGAGCGACGUCUAUAUACUGAGAACGACCUUUGCUCCUUUGCAAUUGACAAUAGUCGAUCAGGCACACGUAAUUGAAAGAGACAUCCCCCCCCA